GCCAGUGGUACUCUAGGUGAGUUUCAGGAACUUGUUAGAGAGAGACUCUGAGAGCUUCUAUAUCAUGUCUGUAGUGGCCAAUACUGUGCUCCUGAGUGGGCUCCUGCUAAUCAUUGGGCAGCACAGCAGACCAGCUGAAGGAUGCACAUGUGUACACGUCCACCCUCAAGAGGCUUUCUGCAACUCUGACAUAGUGAUCCGAGCCAAGGUGGUUGGAAAAAAAAUGAUGAAUGAUGGACCUUUUGGAACCAUGCGCUACACAGUCAAACAGAUGAAGAUGUACCGAGGCUUUAAUAAGAUGCAACAUGUGCAGUAUAUCUACACUGAAGCUUAUGAGAGCCUGUGUGGGGUCAAGUUGGAAGUCAACAAGUACCAGUAUCUAAUAACAGGACGAGUAUAUGAUGGCAAAGUGUAUACGGGUCUGUGCAACUUUAUCUCUCAGUGGGAGAAACUUUCCCUUGCACAACGUAAAGGACUCAAUCAUCGCUAUCAUCUGGGCUGCAACUGCAAGAUCAAGGCUUGUUAUGACCUCCCUUGCUUUAUCACAGCCAAAAACGAAUGCCUGUGGACGCGUCCUUACACUGACGACUACCAGUCUAAGAACUAUGCCUGCAUUAAACAAAAGGAGGGACACUGCAGUUGGAGCAGAGGCUGGGCACCCCCAUACAAAAAAACAAUCAACACCACCGACCCCUGAGCCUAUUAUCCAAAGGGCCCUUAAACUGCAAUGGACAGUAACAUAUAAAAAGCAAUGAAAUUAGUCACUGGUUUCUUGCAAAAUUUAGCACUUCAAAACACCUAAAGUCGUUGCCAUCUUAUUGAACGCAUAUUUGUAAUCAAUAUAUAUUUUUUUAAUCACCCAUUUAAGCAGACGUACGCUGGCAUCUCUUAGCCAGUUGGGCUCAGUUUUGUUUCUCUUCUUUUUGUACAGAGCUUUUUGAACCUCAUAUGUAAUAUAUAUAUAUAUAUAUAUAUAUAUAUAUAUAUAUAUAUAAAAAUAAAUAUAUAUAUAUUAAUGAAAAGGUAACUUUUGAUAAACCUAACAAGACAACAGUGCCUUCUGCAUUGUUAGUUACUGCCGACGCCAAUGAAUGUUCACAGGACACUUGAAGCAACCAAUGAGUUUUCGAAAGCUCUAUAAUUAGUCAGCUGAGAAGCUUGUGUUGGUCACUAAAUGGUAUGCUUUACUCAAUGACCAAUACCAUAUUUAAUAUGAUGAUACCUUCAGAAGGUCUGCAACUGUUUUUUUUUAUUAUAAACUCACCAUGUUCUGCACAUUCUAUGAUGAUAAUUUAUCUUAUAAGCUAUGUGUGCAGCUCUAUUAUAGGACAUGUUCUGAAGAGAUGAAAAACUGCAGUGUGAAACUCAUACUGUUAUAAAAGAAAAAAAAAUGUAUUUGUAGUUCUAGCCUCUGGCCACAAGAAUUCUAUUUAAUAUCUGCUUGAGGCAUGGGGGAAAAGGAUAGGAUUUUGGAGCAAAGCAGGUGUAAUUUUAAAAAUGGCUUCUUCUUUUUUUUUUAAUAUUAAUGGGAACGUCUCUUAUAUUACUUAUUACAGAAAGAGUGUGCAUAUUCUAAAUGCGGUGGUUAUUAAAGCACAGGUAUUUUGUUUCCUCUUCAGAGAAAUAUCAUAGAUAAUAUGUAGAGUUGUAUAAUGCCCUUUUACACAGAGGUGACGUCAUUACGAUAUAAAAUAUAGCUUGUCUAGGCGAAAUGGCCCUAGCAAAAAGUAAGUAAAAAAAACAAACCUUAAAAGGAAUAUAUUAUAUCACUUAGAAGAAACACAAUCCUUGUGGCCUGGUGUGGAAGCUUUCAUUUACACUUUCAACAAAAUGGGCUUUAUAACAGAAAAAAUUGAAUAAGAUUAACAAUUAAUUGUAAACCACAGAACAGUCCUAAUUUGCUUUAAAUAAAUUUUCAUGCAAUUUUUCCUGAAAGGUAUAACUGAAAUGCUAUAGAAUAUGGCAAUGAUAUGUACAAGAGAUAUAUUGCAAAAUUGCUCUUUUAUUUUUAAAAACAAUAGCAGACCGCUAGAGUUUAUCACCUUUAUUAAACAUUCUUUUUCACGUUUCCUGUUUGCCACUCUAGUAACCUGUUGAGCAAUAAGAGGGUUAAAAAUCUAAAAUAUUUUUAUACUGUUGACUGGAUUAUUUUAAAGAAAAAAUAUACAGAUUUCUAAUAUAAAAUCUUGAUUUUAUUUUUUUUAAACCAGGAGGGUAAAGCCCGUUCUGAUAAAAUGGGUGACACGUAUAUUUUACUGAGAUUUUGUGACAACAUAUUUUCUUUUAAUUUUUUUUCUCUUAUUUAUCUUUUUUAGAAGAUUUUUCUAAUAUAUCUUCACUUCAUUCCAUGUAGGAAGUAGUUUUUUUUUGUUUUUUAAGUACUAAAUCUGAUAUUUAGAGAUUUGUUACAUUAUGUCUGCAGAAGAAUUAUUUUAUAUAAGAAAAAUUUAUAUUUGAGAAGAGUAUUCUUUAUCAAGCCAUGCAAAUUUGUUUUUAUAAAUUAAGCUACUUUAGUUUUUGUAAGGUAACAAAUCCUGUUCCAAUUGGUGAAAGACAAUUAUUGGGCAGCACCAUGGAAUUUGUGAAAUACAGUCUAGUAAUUCUUUAAAUUCAGUAUGCCAUGAUGUUGAAUUCAUAUUGAAAUAAAUAGCUUAUCACCAGCAUAUAUAUUUAAAAUUGAACUUAAAGAUUUUUAAAAGCAUUUUAAAAAUAUUUUGAUAUAUUUAUAUAAAUAUAUAUAUAUAUAUAUAUAUGUAUGUAUACAUAUACACACACAUACAGUGUGUUUGUGUGUGUGUAUAUAUGUAUAUGUAUAUAUAUAUAUAUAUAUAUAUAUAUAUAUAUAUAUAUAUAAAAUCAGCAUUUUCCCUUUUGCUUAUUUUACUUAAUAGAUUACAGAAUUAAUCUAUUUUUCAAUAAUGCCUUGAAGAUACAAUUCACAAAAAUACAUUUACUGUAACCGAUUUACAAGUCUAAUUUUAUAAUUUGCUGUCUCUAAAGAAGCAACCUCUGGGCAUACUGAAUGUAAAGAUGAUUCAUUUGAUAAAAUUACCUGCUCCAGUUCUAACUGGAAGUGAAUGGAUUUGAUUUCUAAGAUGUGCUUUUAAGCAUGUAAUGUGUGUGUUUUACUUCACGCUGUUAAAUUGUCAUUGAUGUUCUUAUGUUUUGUAUUUUACUCUGUAUAGUAUUUUGGUAUCUGUUUGGAUGGGGUAUUGCCACAUCUUUUGAAUGUGUUUUUUUUUCCUUUUUCAUUUGUAUUUAUGAUAUAUAUAUUUUAAGUGGUCUGCUAAAGAAGUGUCUAUUAUUAAGACACUAUUAUAAGAUAUCAAUCAAAGCUGUAUAAAAACUGUAGGACUCAUCAUAAAAUUCACAAGACCUUAUAAGAAGUAAUGGGUUAAUGUGUAUUUUUAAAGUGGCAGUAUUUUGGGGGUGCCAUUAACCUACCUGUCACAUUUCUUAUUAUACCCACAGGUCCCAGUAAUUCAUCAGUUUUAACUAAAAGUUUAAAUAAAAUAUUUUUAAACUGA